UGGAACAAAAACCACGACUAAAGUCCUACACAGACAAAAUGUGGUUUUUGAAAAUGAAAUUAUCAGUUCUAUUUGGCUUUCUUUGGAUUCAUCUCAGCCUGAAAGCCUCAGAUGCUGUUAUGAGACCCGUCAACAAUUCAGAAAGCGACCUACUCCAAUACAUCCUCACCAACUACACCCCAGACACUCGUCCAGUUCAAAAUCAAAACGAUGCAGUUGUCGUACGUUUUGGAAUCAUGCUUAAGCAAAUCAUCGAUCUCGAUGUGAUCAACCAAAUCAUGACGGUUAACCUUUGGUUGAGAAUGUUCUGGAAAAACGAGCUGAUAUCGUGGGAUCCUGAGAAGUUCAAUGGAAUUAAAGUCAUCAAUGUCAAACCUAACAAACUUUGGGUGCCAGAUAUAACGAUUUUUAAUAGUGCUUCAAAGACUUCAUCCAUUGGUGAUCUAUACACGAAGAUAACGUCUGAAAUAAUAGUCAACUACACUGGCGAGGUUCAGUGGAAUUCCCCCGCUAUAAUCAGUACAGAAUGCAAAGUAGAUGUUCGAUACUUUCCCUUUGAUACUCAAGUGUGUGAGAUUGAGUUUGGUUCGUGGACAUACGAUGGUCUUCGAGUUGAUCUUCAGCUUCUUUUAAGCUAUAUUGAUAUUGCUCAGUAUUCAGUCAGUACAGAAUGGAACUUGCAUAAAACUUCAGCCAAAAGAAAGUGUUUGAUUUACACCUGCUGCCCAGAGCCUUAUCCAUCAGCACUUUUCACUUUGGUCCUCAAAAGAAGACCUAUGUUUUUCAUAUUCAACAUGAUUAUCCCUUGUGGGGUCAUAACACUGCUGUCUCUCUUUUCUUUCAUCUUACCACCGAACUCAGGCGAGCGAGUCUCGUUUGUCAUGACUGUACUUCUCUCUCUGAGUGUCUACAUGCUUAUGGUAACAGAAAAGAUGCCUCAGUCAGCGGAUACUCCGAUAGCAUCAAAGUUCUUUAUGUCAAUGAUGGUGCAGAUAGCUUUAUCACUCGUGGUCACGUGCUUCAUAAUAAAAUUCCACAACAACAAUAUUCCAAUACCUCCACUGUUUGACAAGGUCAUAAAUCAAUGGCUUGCGAGCUUGCUUUUAAUGAAAAGAAAACAUGGACGUAAAAGAGAGAAUGGCACUGAGAAUGAAAAUGAGCCAGAUAUGUUCUUCAAGAACGGAGGUUUCUUGCAAGAUGACUCUGAUCUUGUCAUCACCCAAGUGCAUGGCCAAAGACAGAUAGAAAAGAUCAAAAACCCUGAAAACAACGAAAAGAGAGGAACCAGGACUAACAACAACACGAAGCAACAAGAUAUUUCAGAACUCUUCAAAGAAGUGAAAACCAUAGCAGACAAGAUAAGACAAAACGACCAGGAAGAGAGUAAAAGAGAAGAAUGGAUGUUUGCCACCGAAGUACUCGAUCGGUUUUUUAUAUGUACCCUUUUUUGUAGUAUUUCCAUUGCUUGCAUCGUAGUAUUUUCUGCCGUACAUGAUGCUGUGAUGGUAGACGGCUCUGUCGAUUAAAUUCGGACUUAAGAGCGUUCAUGGGCAUUGCUCAUGCGCAUCCUUUCUACGCAGGAGUUUAGUGCGAACAUGCUCACCGUGGUGACGUCAUUCAAAUAUUACAUUUAAUUACGAUAUACAAAUACCAAAAUAAGGGCAUAAUCAACAGUACAAUAUUCCAAUGUAAAGACUAGCCUAACAAGCGGAGAUGAAAAAAAUAUCAAGGAAACAGGUUUUUCAUUUUUUCAAACUCGGUUCACAGUCGGUCACCCUUUUCUUUAUUUUGGUUUUGAAAGCACUUUUAUAUAAUACCUAACUUUCUAAUUACCCUUUUUUAAAUUUUUGACAUAAAGGUGAAAUGCUUAGCAAUAAUUGGGUCAUUUUCUAGUGUACUCUGAAAAAUGGGGAUUGACUAAUUAAUUUGUGAUUUUUUUGGAAAUUUUUACCACAAAAAAAGUGAACUCGCAUAUUUAAUUUCAUCGAGCAUAAUUUUAAACAAAUUUGACGAUGGGAUUUUUCCGCCCAUGAACGUCCUUGAUAUAGAUUGUUACAUUAAAUCAUGAUUAUUUGGGAUAUAUCACUCGCAACUCAAAAAAGCUAGAACUUACUGUUGAGUUUAAAUUUUUUCAAAAAAAAAGUCUACGUGUAGAGGCUUUGCACCAUUUACGUGGUGGCAGCCAUGACAGGGUACAUAACAAUAGAGUGGUUUUCACACUGGGAAACUGAAUCAUUUCUCAAGUAAAUCAGAUUAGAUCAGAAUCAAUUGUUCCUACCCCCUGUCAUGGCUGCCAUCACGUGAUGGUGCAAAGCCUCUAUAUACAUUAUUAUGUUAUUAACUAUGCCUGGUUUUAAAAUGAUCAAUUUUGAAACUUUAUUAGUCAUAAAAAAGACAGCAAAUGAACCCAGCAAAGGUAAAAAGUUUUAACCAGAUAAGAACAUCGACGAGAGUCGUCGGUUGACAACUCGUAUCUACCCAACGUAACAUUCUUAGCAGGUUAGCCUGAAAAACGCCAAGUAAACGAUAAAAACAUAACAAAGUUGUUUAAUAUUCCCUAAAAAGCAAUUUAUUAAGUUAAAGUUAAUAACUGUUAUAAUCUAAAUACUGCCGAUUUUUUAUUUGAAAUUUUUACCAUUGCUAUAUAUAUAUAUAUAUAUAUAUUACGAACGGCAGGGAAUGUUCCCCGCUGCUGGGUCUCCCUCGUUGGCGAUUCUUGGUAUUUUCUCUGCCAAGAAUUGAGAGAGACUCUGCUAGCAGUGAAGAAGUGAUGUCUCAGCGGUUCUGCGGCUGAGAUUCUAUUGAUUUCAACCCCAGAUAAAAAUGCAAUCUACAAAAAUUAAUAAUCGUAAUUACGAUCUAAAAAAUAUAAUACGCGAUUUUACUAGGGUAUGUGAUUUCGAUUUCACACAAAAAAUGCACGCAAAAUGUCUUAAAAUAGACUAUUUGAUGAAUUAUAAACUAUUUGUCUUUUUGGUGUGGGUUUCAAGCUAAACUCUUUUUGCCAUCAUAUAUAUGAUUAAAUAUUAAUAAACGUAAUACUUGUACCAAGCUAAGUUGAAAUUGUAAACUGAACUAUAAGUUAGAAAAAAAUAGGACAAAAAUAUUAUAAAUUACUUAUUGUGUUUUGGGAAAAGGAGCAUACGAAUCUCCAAAUUGAUUAAAGCUUUAUUAGUCAUACCAGUAAUGAUAUAUAUCAUAACAAAAUAUUAUUGUUUCACCCUGAGUAACAAAUUGCUUGCAAUAAAUAAUUAAUAAGAUAAAAU